CGGAAGUUCCCGUGCUCUGCGCGCGGUCCAGUGGGGUCGGCGCGGGCGCCGGGCGCGGGCACGGCUCCGCCGGGUGGGCAGCGGGACGCGGCAAGCGCGCCGGGCCCGGCCCCGCAGCCAUGAACCUGGAGCGACUGCGGAAGCGCGUCCGUCAGUAUCUGGACCAGCAACAGUAUCAGAGUGCUCUAUUUUGGGCAGAUAAAGUAGCUUCACUCUCUCAUGAGGACCCCCAGGACAUUUACUGGUUGGCUCAGUGUCUUUACCUGACAGCCCAGUAUCACAGGGCAGCUCAUGCACUUCGGUCUCGGAAACUGGACAAAUUGUAUGAAGCAUGUCGCUACCUUGCAGCUAGAUGCCAUUUUGCUGCGAAAGAACAUCAGCAGGCUCUUGAUAUUCUUGACAUGGAGGAGCCGAUCAACAAACGGCUGUUUGAGAAAUGUUUGAAGGAUGAAAGUGGCUUGAAAGACCCCUCCAGUGACUGGGAAAUGUCACAGUCCUCAAUAAAGAGUUCCAUUUGUCUUUUGCGAGGAAAAAUCUAUGACGCUCUAGACAACCGAACCCUCGCUACCUACAGCUAUAAAGAAGCUUUGAAGCUUGACGUGUAUUGCUUUGAAGCAUUUGAUCUGUUAACAUCCCACCAUAUGUUGACAGCCCAAGAAGAAAAAGAACUUCUUCAAUCACUACCUCUUAGCAAGCUCUGCACUGAAGAACAGGAAUUGCUACGUUUUCUGUUUGAGAACAAGUUGAAAAAGUAUAAUAAGCCUAGUGAAACUGUCAUCCCCGAGUCUGUAGAUGGCUUGCAGGAGAAUCUGGAUGUGGUCGUGUCUUUAGCUGAAAGACAUUAUUAUAACUGUGAUUUUAAAAUGUGCUACAAGCUGACUUCUGUAGUGAUGGAAAAAGAUCCUUUCCAUGCGAAUUGUUUACCUGUACAUAUAGGAACACUUGUAGAGCUGAAUAAAGCAAAUGAACUUUUCUAUCUUUCUCAUAAAUUGGUGGAUUUAUAUCCUAGUAAUCCUGUGUCUUGGUUUGCAGUGGGAUGCUAUUAUCUCAUGGUUGGUCAUAAAAAUGAACAUGCCAGAAGAUAUCUCAGCAAAGCUACGACGCUGGAGAAGACCUACGGGCCGGCGUGGAUCGCGUACGGGCAUUCGUUCGCAGUUGAGAGUGAACACGACCAAGCAAUGGCCGCGUACUUCACAGCAGCGCAGCUGAUGAAAGGGUGUCACUUGCCAAUGCUUUAUAUUGGAUUAGAAUAUGGAUUGACCAAUAACUCAAAAUUGGCUGAAAGAUUCUUUGGCCAAGCUCUAAGCAUCGCACCAGAAGACCCUUUCGUUAUGCACGAGGUUGGAGUGGUUGCAUUUCAAAAUGGAGAAUGGAAAACAGCAGAAAAAUGGUUUCUCGAUGCUUUGGAAAAAAUUAAAGCAAUUGGGAAUGAGGUGACAGUUGACAAAUGGGAACCUUUGUUGAACAACUUGGGCCAUGUCUGCAGAAAACUUAAGAAGUAUGCUGAGGCCUUGGACUACCACCGGCAGGCCCUGGUGUUAAUCCCUCAGAACGCAUCCACCUACUCUGCCAUCGGGUAUAUUCACAGUCUGAUGGGCAACUUUGAAAAUGCUGUGGACUAUUUCCAUACCGCCCUUGGUCUUAGGCGAGAUGAUACAUUUUCUGUUACAAUGCUGGGUCAUUGCAUUGAAAUGUACAUUGGUGAUUCUGAAGCUUAUAUUGGAGCAGAUGUCAAAGACAAACUAAAAUGUUACGAUUUCGAUGUGCAUACAAUGAAGACAUUAAAAAACAUUAUUUCACCUCCAUGGGAUUUCAGGGAAUUUGAAGUAGAAAAACAGACUGUGGAAGAAGCAGGGCUUGCACCACUAGAAACCUCAAGGAAAACUCCAGAUUCCAGACCUUCCUUGGAAGAAACCUUUGAAAUUGAAAUGAAUGAAAGUGACAUGAUGUUAGAGACGUCUAUGUCGGACCACAGUACAUGAUUCCAGGCUAGUCCCACUUCCCCUUUGUCUUAGAGUAAGUCUGUUUCCUCUCAUCCUUGUCUUAACCAUUUCCAGUUUCUCAACAUGCAUCCGGACCCCACCUCUGCAUUUAGGAGUGGAUACCUGCCUUAAGAGUUUGGAUUGCACACUUUUGCAGCAGAUGUUUUCUGAAUUACAAAAUAGUGAUGCAAAGUGAAAUAAAGAAGGUAAACCAUC